AAACAAUGUUGUAUCGCAGGUCAAUCUGUCCGGGUUCUGUCUGAUCAAAGCUCAACCAAGCUCUUCCUCUUCUUCGUCUCCUUUGACAAAAACAACGGACACCCUGUUCUCGCACGCUCCUCUUCUUUCUUGGGUCAGAAUUCCCCUCGCCCCUCUUGAGGCUGUGUUCGUCUUCUGGCGGUGGCUCGGGGGCCUGCCCACGUUGAUAAGCAAUCGUUUUGGCGGCUUCCUUGGAGGUGCGGGAUUGCGUGGGAUCAGGACAAAUUUCGUGGCUUCCUUCCGUUUGACCUCGAGGAGUCAGGUCGAAGUUUCUUGAAAUCGUCCGUGCUUGCUCGAGAAUGCCGCAGGACGUGUCUUCUGAUCACGACCCCGAUGACCCAGAUGCCGAGUACGUCGAAAUUGAUCCCACUGGUCGAUAUGUUCGGUACAAGGAAGUUCUGGGAAAAGGGGCUUUCAAGAAAGUAUAUAGAGCAUUUGAUGAGUUGGAAGGAAUUGAAGUGGCCUGGAAUCAGAUUAAGGUGACAGAUCUCUUGAGAAAUUCGGAGGAUUUGGAGCGUCUCUAUUCUGAGGUUCACCUGCUUAAAACUUUGAAGCACAAGAACAUAAUCAAAUUCUACAGUUCGUGGGUCGAUACGAAAAAAGAGAAUAUUAACUUCAUCACCGAGAUUUUCACAUCAGGAACAUUGCGGCAGUACCGGAAGAAGCACAAGCAUGUGGAUUUAAGGGCGUUGAAGAAAUGGUCUAGACAGAUUCUUGAGGGGCUGUUGUAUUUGCAUAGUCACUAUCCACCUAUUAUUCAUCGGGAUCUGAAGUGUGACAAUAUUUUCGUUAAUGGAAACCAAGGUGAAGUGAAAAUUGGUGACUUAGGAUUUGCUGCCAUUCUGCAACAUGCUCAUUCGGCUCACAGUGUCAUUGGUACCCCAGAGUUUAUGGCACCUGAGCUUUAUGAGGAGGAAUACAAUGAGCUUGUGGACAUUUAUGCAUUUGGAAUGUGCUUGCUGGAGUUGGUGACCUUUGAGUACCCGUAUGUUGAAUGCACAAAUGCAGCUCAAAUAUACAAAAAAGUGAUAUCUGGAAUAAAACCUGCAUCACUGGAAAAGGUGAAAGAUGAUCGAGUCCGAGAAUUCAUAGAAAAAUGCAUUGCAAACGUUUCUGAGCGAUUGAGUGCCAAGGAACUUUUGAUGGAUCCUUUUCUACAGUCAGAGGAAGAAAGUGAAAGUGUUGGCAGAUCGUUACGUUCACCGAGACAUCAAGAAAUGGGUAGUCCUCAUAAUGUCGGUGCUGGGAAAGGGGCAAAUGUUUCUACGGCAGAGACUAGUAUGGACUUUACAGUGCAGGGUCAAAGAAAAGAUGUCAACACAAUAUUUCUGAAAUUAAGGAUUGCAGAUUCUUCAGGUCACUUUCGGAAUAUCCACUUUCCAUUUGAUAUUGAGGUAGAUACAGCAAUUGCAGUUGCCAGCGAAAUGGUCGAGGAACUAGACUUGACUGAUCAGGAUGUUUCGGUGAUUGCUGCGAUGAUCGAUGACGAAAUUCGUUCUCAUAUACCAGGUUGGGCACCACUAGAGCCUUCUGGGGGUGUCUUUAGUGAAGAAGUUCAAAACUCUGAUGCCUGGGCCUCAGCAUAUAGAGAUGAUACCUCUGCUUCUGAGCCAUCUGCUUCUGGUAAUCUUUUGUUGGAAAGAACGCAUUCUGGUCGGAAGUACUGGGCCGUCUCAUCGAAACCAGAUGGAAUCUCUCCUUUCCGAUAUGGCCCUUCAAACUUAUCCUUUGUGGAUUCAGCAUCUGUUGAAAGUAGUUUGUUCGAAGAAAACAUGCAAUCUUCUGUCAGCCACCAUGAUGGUGAGAGGCCAAAUGGCAUUCCUGAACUUGAAGAGCCUGAGCAUGAAUCUGCUUCUGAUGGCGGUAGGAGUGUAGAUGAAACAGAUACUGCAUCUACGGGUAGUGCAACCAAAGAUCUUCUUGGCGGCAGUGAGUGUGAUAACUCACUAGUUGCGGAUGGUGUUGGAUCUAAAGAGUUAAAUUUAAUUGCUGAUAAGCUCGAGCAUCUGCUGAUAAAGCAGCAGGAGGAGCUACAGGAGCUAAGGAGGAAGCAUGAAGCCGCUAUUUCGGAUCUUUUGGAUGGACUUUCUCCUGAAACCCGUGAAAUGGUUCUAAAUAUCUGUAAGAAGAAAAUUCCAUGGAUUAAAGAGUGAGGCACCCGGCCAACUCAAUGAUACACAUCUUGUUGGAUGGGAAACUUUGCUGUCUCGUGACUCUCGUGCAUGGGCAAUCAUGAUACGAGAGAUGCUGAUUAAAGAAUGUUCUGCUCAAGAGACUCGGGAAUAGAGAUAGCCAGUUACGGGUAUCUAUUCAACCUUCGAUGCCGUGAUUUCAUUAGCUGCUACGAGGACCUGGUUCGAUGCGGGAGAUGCUCAGUAUGACGGUCAUAAUUUCAGUUUGCAUGGCGAUUGAAUAUGAAGUCUGCGUACGCUUGGAGAUGAAUACAUGUUGGUUUUCAUUCAUUGUUUGUUUAUUCUUGAUCUGAUCUGUCCCUAUAAUUUGUUGGCUUGUAUACAUGUACAUAUGCAAAAAGGUCAAUCUCAAGGUUAUGUUCUGCUGGAUA